CAGAUCGAACAGCACCUCAGCACAGAAUCAUGAGAAUGUUGCGGUCACUAGGUUCAGGGCUGAAGAUGUGCCAGACAACUAGCUGCCGGUCACCACAAAUGCAGCUCUGUCAUCCAGCGCACAUCAGAGCAUCUGCCACGCAAUCCAGCACUCCUCCAGCGAGUGCCACUGAUGACGAGCCCAGCUUCUACAAAAUGGUGGACAAAUUCUUUGAGAAAGCUGCAUCAGUCGUAGAGGAUCACUUAGUCGCAGACUAUAAGGGAGUAAAGCUAUCUGAGGAUGAGAAGAGGCUUCGUGUGCAGGGUAUUCUGCGAACAAUCAAGCCAUGUCAGCACACCAUAUCUAUCUCAUUCCCGAUCCGACGAGACAACGGUGUCAUAGAGAUGAUAGAUGGAUGGAGGGCACAGCACAGUCAGCAUAGAACGCCAUGCAAGGGAGGCAUCCGCUUCAGCGAGCACGUCAACAAGGACGAGGUUCAGGCCCUCGCUGCCCUGAUGACGUACAAGUGCUCGUGCGUCGACGUGCCGUUCGGAGGAGCCAAGGCCGGAGUGCGCAUCAACCCGCGCAACUACAGCGAGGACGAACUGGAGAAGAUCACGCGCCGCUUCACGAUGGAGCUAGCGAAGAAAGGCUUCAUAGGACCUGGAAUAGAUGUGCCUGCCCCUGACAUGGGUACAGGAGAGCGUGAGAUGUCAUGGAUUGCUAGCACAUAUGCGAAAACAGUAGGUUACCUAGACAUAAACGCGCAUGCGUGCGUGACAGGCAAGCCUGUGUCGCAGGGAGGCAUCCAUGGCAGAGUGUCGGCCACAGGCAGGGGCGUGUUUCAUGGAAUUGAACAAUUUGUCCAUGAAGCAAACUACAUGAGCAGCAUUGGGCUAUUUCCUGGGUUUGGAGGAAAAACAUUCAUUGUGCAGGGUUUCGGUAACGUGGGACUUCACUCAUGCCGCUACUUGCACCGAGCUGGAGCAAAGUGCAUCGGUGUUCAGGAGUGGGAUGGUGCUAUCUACAAUGCAGAGGGCAUCCAUCCCAAGGAACUAGAGGAAUAUAAACUGGAGCAUGGUACCAUUAUGGGCUUCCCUGGUGCAGAACAAUACACGAAACAAGAGUCGCUGUUGUAUGAAGACUGCGAUAUACUCAUACCUGCUGCUAGUGAGAAGCAGAUUCACAUUGGAAACUGUCACAAAGUCAAGGCCAAGAUUAUUGCAGAGGGAGCUAAUGGACCCGUGACCGCAGGUGCCCAGGCACACUUCAUCAAAAAUAAUGUUCUGGUUAUUCCCGAUCUUUAUCUCAACGCCGGUGGUGUCACCGUCUCCUACUUUGAGUGGCUUAAGAAUCUAAACCAUGUCAGCUAUGGACGUCUCACCUUCAAAUAUGAGAAGGACUCCAACUAUCACCUGCUAGAGAGUGUGCAACAUUCAUUAGAGCGCAAGUUUGGCAAGGCUGGGGGUGGCAUACCAAUUAUGCCUAGUGAGGCUUUCCAAGAUAGAAUACAAGGAGCAUCUGAGAAGGAUAUUGUACAUUCCGGGCUGGCGUAUACCAUGGAGAGAUCAGCACGUGCAAUUAUGGCUAUAGCGAUGAAGUACAACUUGGGUCUGGACAUUCGUACUGCAGCCUACAUAAAUUCCAUUGAGAAAAUCUACAAAAGUUACCGUGAAGCUGGAUUCACGUUCACAUAGUCAUGCUAUUCAGACAUUCACCACCUUCCAGUGCUUUUGUAAAAGAAUUCACAUGCGCCGACACGUAUUGUGAUAAAGAUCAUGCUGCUAAUUGUGUUUAGACAUAGGAAUUGUUGAACAUUUAAUAGUUUUAUUAGGAAAAUUGAUCAUAGGCUUGUGAACAUGCCUCAGUAACAUGAAUGGCUGCAAGUAGCAUGAGGCAACUCUUGCGGAUCUUGACCACGUAAUAGCUGCAUAUAGAGAAUGCUUAAGCCCGGCGCACAUUGCCGAACAUUUUGCUCAAAAACAGUAUCGUAGCAAUGUUCCAUGAAAUGUUCGG